CACACACACACACACACACACACACACACACACACACACACUGAACCUCCAGUCAUGCUGUCGAACGAGAGCUGCGAGAACAGCACCCAUAUCCACACGAACGGGAACCCGGUGGUGAGCACAGUGAUGUUCAUCCUGGGGGUGAUGGGGAACUUCAUUGCCCUGGCCAUCCUGGGGGUCCACCAGAAGGAGCGGCGCACCAAGUCCUCCGUCUUCUGCAUCCUGGUGACGGGGCUGGCCCUGACAGACCUGCUGGGAACCUGCUUCCUUAGCCCCCUGGUGUUUGUGUGCUACGCCCGCCAGCGAUCCCUGCUGGGGCUCACUGGGGACCAGGGACUCUGUGGCCUCUUCGCCUUUGCCAUGACCUUCUUCGGCCUGGCCUCCAUGCUGAUCCUGUGUGCCAUGGCCGUGGAGCGCUGCCUGGCCAUCAGCCACCCCUAUUUUUACUCCAAGUGUGUCCGACGCAGCUUCGCCAAGGUGGCCCUCCUGCUCAUCUACAUCUUCACCUGCGCCUUCUGUGUUUUGCCAUUCUUUGGCUACGGCCGCCACAAGCAGUACUGCCCCGGCACGUGGUGCUUCAUCAAGAUGGAGGCGGCGGGCGAGGGGGCGGACGAGGAGAGGAAGGUUCUGGCGUUCUCGCUGUCCUACGCCUCGGUCAUGGCGCUGCUGAUCGUGGCAGUGUUUGUGUGCAACGGCUCGGUGAUCGUCAGCCUGUGCCGGAUGCACCGCAGCCAGAUGACACGCCGUGGUUCGGUGGUGAACGGAGGGAGGAAGAGGAAGAUGAGUCUGGGCUGGUUCGGACAGGGGGAGGAGGAGAUGGACCACCUGAUGCUGCUGGCCUCCAUGACGGUCAUCUUCGUUGUCUGCUCUUUGCCGCUCACAAUUGCCGGUUUCGCCAAUGCCAUCGAGCCGGUGGGUGACGACCAGGAGAACCUGCUGGCGUUCCGUUUCCAGGCCCUCAACCCCAUCGUGGACCCCUGGGUGUUCAUCAUCUUCCGCAAGUCCGUGUUCCGCCACCUCCGCUCGCUGCUGCGCUGCCACUUCACUGGGGGAGCGGUGAAGAACACGGCCCACUGCACCUUCUCCUUACCCCCUGACGACCACAGGGAGUCUCCCAACCCCUCGCCCUCCGUAUCCCUGCAGCCCAAGCUAUACUCCAGCCAGCCCCUCUGAUGUGGGGGGGGGGACCCGUGGCAGGAAAGAGGAUGGGAGUUAGGGAUGGAUGGAUGUGGGACAGCAGACAAUGGGGGAAGGGGUUCCGAAUAGAGGGUUUGGAGAAUUAACUUUAUUGACCAAAAGACGGCAAAGGAGUGGAUAAAGUGAGUGAUUGUGCCUCCAAACACACUGAAAACUCAAAAACUCAAAGCAACUGAAAUGGACAGAAGCUCCUGCUCUGAACUGAAUGUAUGCAGGAGAGGACCACUAAGAGAGAUUCAUUAUGGACAACCAUCCCUGGAAGGGCAAAGGUCAGGGCAAAGAGCUCUCUGCCGACGUACAAUGCCUUCAGAAAGUAUUCAUACCCCUUGACUUAUUCCACUUUUUGUUGUGUUACAGC